GAGCUCCUGCUGGGCUCUUCCAAACUGCGACCGAACUGCCCCCUUCGUCCCGGUGGCGCCGCCAGGAGCCCCUCGCCGCCCGGAAUGGGGUUGUGCGACUGCCCUUGGCGCUGCCCUUCCCUUCGCGGGGGAUCCCCAGCACCGUGUCCGCUCUGCCCCUCAGUAAUCAGGGGUAGCCGAGGGCGUGUUUUUCCGCCUUUACUCAGGAAGUAUUCAACAUUAAGCAACAUGUCUUCCACCAAACCUCCACAUGAAAAUGAAACACCCAAAGAGAGAAAACCAGGACUGAGGAGUGUUCAGACAACUAUGCUUUUCCGAGCUGUGAACCCAGAGCUUUUCAUUAAACCUAACAAACCUGUGAUGGCGUUUGGACUGAUAGCAAUUAGUCUGUGUGUGGCCUACCUUGGUUAUUUGCAUGCAACAGCAGAGAAUAAAAAGGACCUCUACGAAGCAAUCGACAGUGAGGGGUCCAGAUACAUGAGGAGGAAAACUUCCAAGUGGGACUGAGAAUGUUACUGAACUCAAAAUAAGGAAUGGAAAGUCUGAAAUCCCCAGACCCAACAAGGACUCCCAGGGAGCUGAGAGACCUCUUUGUCAGCCCUCUUCUGACCAAGGUGACUUCUGUCAGGCCAGAGAAGGAACAUGCAGGAACUCCUGCUUUACCAUUCUGGGAGUUGCUUUGGGUUUUAUCAAAAGAUUUUGGUACUGAAGAUAAAAAAGGUGACUGGCUGCCUUGAGGGACAGCAGUUGCACCAUGGGAUUUCUCUGUAUCUCCCUCUAAGUCCUUCACUUUGAAUCUGUGAGUUUACUCCUGUUCUUGUUUUGUAGUUAACUGUAUCUUAAAUUCAGCAGGGCUUUGGUUAAACUGCCUCCUUCCUGAGAAGGGAAGUGAGCUCCACCUAUAAUAAAGUUGGUUUUUUUAAAGAAGGGGUGUUUUUGCAGCCUUUAAAAGCAGAUUUCCCUCUGUGAGCCUGCUGCCCUACAACAGCAAGGUUCCUGGGCAAAUCUAAGUUUGCAGGUGAGGAAACUACUUGCCUUUUGAUUGGUGAAGGAAUUGCUGGGUGAAAUGAUCAAAUAUUCAGAACUCUCACAUACUGUGCAUAUCCUGCAGGAUAUAUUUUGUUUGAUGUUUGUGAAGGACCUUUAGAAUAAAUCUGUUCUUUUAAAAAUGGUCACACAGGAUUUUAGCUCUUUUCAGUUCAUUAAAAUGCACAGGUCUUGUAUGUUUGCAUGAAUUUAACUAAAUUAUUCCCAAAUAAGUGGUACAAGUAUUUUCACCUGUUUUUCUAUAGGCUUUUAGAAUACAUGCUUUGAUCCUCUGCAGAUGUCUGCAGAUGAAUUGAAAGCCCAUCCUCUUACUUUCACAUGUUUGAGAAGAAUGCAAGAUUUGUGUUCUCAAGAUUUUCAGUUCUGUUUUGUGAAGUGAAUAUGGAUCUGGCAGUUACUGGGGAAAAGAAAGCAGCACUGGAGGCACAAGAGAUAACAGACUGACCUGGUCAGGGUGUAGGCAUGUACCUGCCAGUAACACUUCUUACAAAAGCUUUCUGAGAUAGGGCCUCUUCAGUGUUGGCUGGAUUCAAGUUCCAUUGACCAGGUUACUUUAGAACAGCAAGGUUGAAGGAAGAAUGGAUAUUUAAAUUUGUCCUAUUUUUUCUUUGGCAGAUACUCUACAGAUAACUCUUAAUGAUACACAAUUUAUAUAUAAAAAAAGAGAUAAAGCAGUGCAAAUACAGAGAGGUAUGUGGUGGCUUAAUGAAUAGCAACACAGGCUUAAUGAAUAGCUUAAUGAGUAGCAACACAGGCAUUUGCUGUUUUAAGUUCCUGAUUUUUAUCAUAAGAACAAUGUGUGUAUAGGGAUUAAAGGGAAAAAAAAAAACAAACACCCAAACAAAACUGCUUUGAUACCAACAUUUGUUUGCUCAGCUCUGAAAGCGUGACACCCCUUAUGCAUCUGGAGGACAAACACACAGCACCAGUAUAGUUUCUUUUGUUCUGUGUUUUUCAAUUUCAGUCUUCAGUAUAGUGAUAAUUAUCUAUAAGGGAUGAUAACUGGCUUGACAGAAACUAUGAGUCAAAAUUAUUUCCUGGGCAGAGGCUCUUUGAGAUUUUUGCCAGUUCCUUACUGUCUGUGCUGACUUUCACAUCUUUUACCAAGAACAAAAUGCUAUGAUUAAAAUAUCCAAAACUGUAGCUGUUGGACUGUUCCUAAGAUCUCCUUAGACUAUGUGGUGUGAAUGGGACUUGUUGGCAUUCAGCAACAAAGAGCAAUUGAACAAUUAAAGGUCCAAAGCUUGCUGUGAUGCUGCUUAACUAUUA